CGCUAUUAUUCCACUCCACUUAUUCCCAGUCCAGGAGAAGUCCGUUAGUCAAAGCACAGAGGAGACGCAGCGAGCAGAUGCGGUCCAGCUGAUCAAAGCGCUUCAGUUUUUGCGAUUGAAACUUUUGGAUAGAGGUUUUUGGGAAGAAAAAAACUUUGAAACUUUGGAUAAAAGACUUUGUUAGAAAAGAAAAACAGACGUUGGAGAGGAAAGCAGCCUUCCCAGGCAUUCCCAAAGUUCUAGAGCAGGUGCACGGAAAUAUUUACGCACUACAAGGAGUAAAAGAGAUGGCCUCCGCGGCUCUGGAGAUCCUAGGUCUGAUGCUGUGCGUCGUCGGCACGCUCUUGGAGAUGGUCGUCUGCGGGCUGCCCACCUGGAAGGUCACCGCCUUCAUCGAGGCCAACAUCGUGGUGGCGCAAACCAUCUGGGAAGGGUUGUGGAUGUCGUGCGCCGUGCAGAGCACCGGCCAGAUGCAGUGCAAGAUCCACGACUCCAUGCUCAAUCUCAACCAAGACCUCCAAGCCGCGCGCGCGCUCACGGUCAUCUCGUCGGUGUUGUGCGUCAUCGGGCUGAUGGUGGUGAUCGCCGGCGCGCAGUGCACCAACUGCAUCAAGGCGGAGAACGUGAAGGCACGGGUGGUUAACGUCGGAGGGGUCAUCUAUAUCAUCAGUGCCAUAUUCAUGCUCGUGCCCCUGUGCUGGAUGGCCAACAGCAUAAUCUCCGACUUCUACAACCCGCAGGUGCCGGCGUCCCAGAAGCGGGAGAUCGGAGCGGCUCUCUACAUCGGCUGGGCGGCCACCGCGCUUCUGCUGCUCGGGGGAAGCAUGCUCUGCUGCUCGUGCCCUUCAACCACCAGAAACUCCGGCUACUCGACACAAUACGCGCCAAACAAAAGAUCAACAUCCAACGGGGACUAUGACAAGAAUAAUUACGUUUAGACGCUGUUUAAAAUGAUUUUACAGUAACGCUACAUAAAAAAGUUAUUGUGUGUUGCACCACCUGCAGAUGUUUCGGUUCUCUUGUAAAACUUAAGACUGAUUUUCUACCUUGGACUACUGAUUGGAUCAAUUUGUUUUAUUUAACAUGACGUCUUUUGUGGAUAUUCGUUUCUGAAAGGUGAACCUUUUUUAAUAACUUUAGUAACAAACAUUAUGCAAAGCUUAACGGGUCAUUAAAAUAGCCUUCAUUCAAUGUCCUGAAACAUUCAUUUGGCUAAAUAUUUUCAUGUUUUAAUGCGCAUGAUCUGUUAAACAGUAUAUCAUUUGAUAUAAAAUUGAUUUAAUCCUUUUAUAAUUGUUUUCAGGAACAUUAUGUUGCUGAUAAUAAGCUGAUCAUGUACUUUAAUGUGCAUAAACUAUAGGCCUAAUGUUUGUUUUCACUCUGAAGUUAUUAUAAAAUGUUGCCUCUUUGUUAAAAAUGCAAAUAAUCGGACAAAAUAUCUGUUUUAGGUACCUGGAAAAGUUUGUAAAAGGCUAAAAGCAUUAAGUUAUCUGAGCUGAUCAAAGAUGUUUACCGAUGUGUUCAAUGUGCUGAGGACGUGAUGUUAUUAAUGUGUAAAUCUAGAGGAAUCUGCUUUGGCACAUAUGCUGAGACUCUUCAACACGAGGAAUGGCAGCCAGGACAAACAGCUGGAAAAAUGAAGCAAUUCCUGACUGAUCUGUAACUCUCAGCUCAACCGUCUACACUGUGGCUCAGUGUCAUGAGCUGAACAAGGCUACACGAGAGAUAAAGUCAAGAAGGAUCUACGCUCUCUUUGGAAAAUAUCUGUUUUUUUGGGAUUGUCUUGCCAGUAUAUAGUGCCUUGCUGUAUGCAAACCUUCAUGGAUCAUGUUCCUUGAACAUAAGACCUCUACAUUCAGUUUAUUCAGCUCAUCUGAAAUGGUUAUUUUUUGUAACUUUUUUUUUAUUGUGUAUGAAUGAAUGUUCUUUGAAAUAAACAUUUACAGUUUUGACACAAA